AGCGAUUGUAGCAUACGUCAUCAAAAUACUCCUUCAGCUGUUCGAACACUCAAGUGUCACCACGAUGGGACAUAAACUCAUUCAUUAAACUCACCUAACGAAGAUGGCUCUGAUGGGGGUUCAGUUGGUGGUGAGCUUGCUGGCGGUCAGCAUAAUGCAAAGAAUGGCCCCACAUCUCUCCUUCGCACGCUGGCUCUUAUGUAACGGCAGCCUUUUCAGGUUCAAACAUCCAUCUGAAGGCGUAUUGUGCGCCCUCGCAGGGAAGCAGAUUCCUAAGAACAGCAGGCGAGACAGGAGACAAAAUGGACAUGGAGAAUCCAAGCCGCUCACAGUUCCGAAAGACAUCGACCUUCACUUGGAGAAUGCGCCUGUAAAUGUCUUGGAUGCACUUGUUUUGCGGUUCUUUGUGGAGUACCAGUGGCUGAUUGACUUUGCCGUCUAUGCGACCGGGAUCUACCUCUUCACCGAAGGCUACUGUAGUUUAGUGGAUGCCAGCAAGGAAGUCAAUAUCGCUUCCAUCUGGUGUGUGCUGACUGUUUUCUUCUGCCUGAGGACGCUGCAUCUUCUUAUGAGCCACUACUUCCGCUCUGAGGAGGGCGGCGAGCGCUCUGUGUGUCUUGCUUUCGGCUUCUUAUCUCUGCUUAUUGCCAUGCUGAUUCUUGUUGUGAGAGAAGACUACCUGGAGUUUGGCCUUGAGCCCGGAUUUACCAGUCUUUUUGACAAUUUCGAGGUCUUUGCCAAGCAGCAUGGCUAUGAGUGGUCAGUUCCCUUCACCAAACUGUCAGUGAAGUUGGGGCUGGCUGUCCUUUGUGCCUUCAUUGGAGCUCUCCUUGCAUUCCCUGGACUGCGAUUGGCCCAAACUCACCUAGACGCCGUUCAGAUGAACGCAGACCGUCCAAUCAUUCAGAUUCUUUUGCACAUGGGUUUUCUAUCGCCACUGGUCAUUCUUGUAAUGUGGAUUAAACCCAUUGCUCGAGACUUCCUAGAGAACGCCCCCAUGGGAAAGACCUCAGUUACCUUACUUUCUAGUUCUGCCUUUAACUCGGUACGUCUAUGGACCAUCGUGGUGCUGUGUGUUUUGAAGCUGCUGCUCACACGUUACCACCUGCAGGCCUACCUUAACCUCUCUCAGAAGUGGGUGGAGCAAAUGAAGAAAGAGGCGGGGCGUAUCGCUGCCAUUGACAUCCAGAGGAAGGUGACACGAGUUUUCUGCUACCUGACUGUGGUCACCCUCCAGUACCUUAUACCUAUUCUGCUUGUGCUUUUCUCAACUUUGGCACUCAAAUCUUUAGGUGACUUCUCGUGGGGCUUUGGAGCAGAGACUCCGGGUGUAACCCCUGCUCCCAUACUUCCAACCACCCCUCCACCAGCCCCAAGAGUGGAAGACGACGAGGACAUGGAGGACAUGGAGGAGGACGUCCAGGCCACCGUAGCCCACCUGAUCGAGCUGUUCUCUGCUUUACGUGGAGUCCUCACGCCUCUUUUCUUCAAGGGCAUCUUCGCCUUUCUCACAUGGUGGGUCGCGGCCUGUCAACUCAUUAGCAGCCUGUUCGGCAUCUAUUUCCACCAGUAUCUGAUGCACAACUGAAAAGUGCCCUAAAAACAAAGCUCUGUGCACUGAAUCCAAUCCUUCAAGGUACCGCAGUAUCAACACGGACAGUCAUGCGAACACAUCUGAUGCACCAGCAAAGAUGAAGGCUGGCCUUCGGAGCAAACGCUCAUGUUUGAACCCACUUUAUUUUGCCGGUACCUUGUGGAAAAUUUAGUUAGGUGCAAUCAAAGAAAAGAUGCUAGUUAGCUGUAUGCAUAAGCUGUUUUGAUUCUCAUCAGCUCUUCAACAGUCCGUCAAACACCAUGUUU